GACAAAAGUAAUGGAAGAGAAGCAAUGUAAACUUUGCAAAUUGUAUGCACCCUUCAUUUUUUUUCUAUAAAGAAUUCGCGAUAGUAUUAAUGUGAAAUGGGGUAGUUUUAUGAAUUCACCAAUUUUCUAUUCGGAAUUUACUUAGAAUUUUUCUUUUUGAUAAAUUGUGGGGUUUUUAGAAUGAUAAAUUGUUUUUAAAUUUUUAUUAAAAAGUUUAAUUUUAUUUUAGUUCUAAGUGAGACUACAGAUUUAAAUAGAGCUCAUCUAAAUGAAAUGGAGUGCUUCACGAAGAAACCUACACCAAUGGGAAAUUUCGUUUAACUCCAUGACGCCAUUUCCCACCAAUGAACAUUGAGAAAUAUGACGCCAUGAAGUAUUUUUAAACUACAGUAAGUCCCUUAGGUGACGUUAUCAUUUUUAUUUUAUAUAAAUUUUUUUUAUCAAUCUUUCUUUAAAAAAUCAUUAUCUUUGCAAAUAAUUAAGAUAAAAAAUCAAUUAAAAAUAUCUGAAAAAUAUAAGUAAUUCGAGUCCAUACUGUACAUGAGUCAUGACUUAAGAGACUCGAACAAGUAAUUUUCGUUCAUUUGUGUGAAAACCUUCGUGCAGUAAAGAGCUCAGGAACUACAUUCUAUUCAUCGUGUUAUAUUGAAAGAAGAAAUUCAGUGUUGUGCAGUAUUUUUAUAAAUUUAAUUUUUUUUAUUUAGCCAAAAGACAAAAAUUCUACAUAGUUAGCAAUUUUAUGUACAUUUUGAUGUGUAAAUUUUGUUAAAUUUUUAUCACCCAGAGACUCUCAAGUGUGGAUGUGUGUGUGAAAGACACGCCAAAUACGCAAAACAAGUAACCAAGGAUUUUUGCUAUAUACAUACAUAUUCCAUACUACAUAUAAAGUAGUAAUGAAGUGACCUUGCAAGCUUACAAAAAAAAUUAUGAUGGAUUUAAUUAGGAAAAAAAAGUGUUUUGAAGGCAAUAAGUUGAGAUAAAAGUGGAAGAAAUAGAGGAAUUUUUGCAAUUACGUGAUAUUGUGAGAUUGUCAGUGUGACGUUUUAAAGCACACGCCUCUCCCUUGUGCUAUUUAAGACACUACAAAAUAUAUAUACAAUACAUAAAUAUAUAUAAAAGCUUCUCGAACGCAAAAGAAAAAAUCUCUGUGAAACAAAGUGAUUUGCCCGUAACACCUGUAAUUAUGAAAAUGCGAGACAAUCCCAACAACAUGGAGUCAUUUUAUGAGGAAAAUGCCCAAUUUACCACGACUCCAGUCACAACAGCCGGGGGUACUCUCAAGCGACCUUUUACAUUGGAUUUAAAUGGGAGUAAGGAUCAACCAAAGAGGCAACGCUUCAAUCAAUCCGUAAACACAACGUCUGUGAUCAGCAGUCCAGAUCUGCAAAUGCUCAAGUUGGCCUCACCAGAACUGGAGAAAAUCAUCAUGAGCAAUAAUUCACUUCAAACACCCACACCCAGUUUGGUAUUCCCGCAAAAGGUCACCUUAGAACAGGCCAUGUAUGCCAAAGGAUUCGAGGAAGCGCUUAUUUCACUUCAUAAUAGUGAAAAAACACAAAAUAUUGUUGCUACCAAUGCACCCGUCAUGACAACAACAACCAACAACAACAACAACAUCAGUAGCAGUAACAACAACACGAUGAAUUCCUCAUCCCUGUCCAUGAGCGGUGGAACUGUCGUUACCUAUACCAAUAUGGAUGAUCCUGUACUUGUACCCAUCAAAGAUGAACCUCAAACUGUUCCAAAUUCACCCACCCUUAGUCCCAUAGAUAUGGAAAAUCAGGAAAAGAUCAAAUUGGAGCGGAAACGGCAACGAAAUCGCGUUGCGGCAUCCAAAUGUCGCAAACGGAAGCUAGAGAGAAUAUCCAAGUUGGAAGAUAAAGUAAAAUGUCUCAAGGGGGAGAAUUCCGAAUUAACGGGGGUUGUCUAUAAUCUCAAAGAGCAUGUAAUGCAACUUAAACAGCAAGUAAUGGAGCAUAUGAAUGCCGGAUGCCAGAUUCAAAUUCAGCAAUUUUAAGAGAUCACACUCCCCAAUGGCGUUGAGUUGAUUUUUCUUCAUGCACACGGUGUCUAUAAGUGAUCACUUUGUCCUUUUUACAUGUUCUAUUAAUUUUAAGUGAAACACUAAGAUUAAGAUAACAUGAGAUAAAGUUAUUAAUUGCUUUAAUUAUAUUGUAAAAUUCUUUUCUUUUAUAAAUGACAAAAUGCUUACGAGAAUAUUUUCUUUUCACAUUAAGUGAUUUUUACCAUUAAUUUGAGUUAUUUAUUUCUACCCGUAAAAUUAUUAUACCAUUAAGUGGCAUUCCUGAUAAUCAGGAAAAAAUAUUUAUGUGCAUUAAGUCUUCUUUUCAAUUUAUCUAUAAAUUCUUUACUAAAUGUUAAUUAUUUCCUCAUUUUGUAUUUUGUCAAUAGAAAUUGUGUUUCUAGUCGAGCUAGAAUUUGAAUAAUAAUAAAAAAGAAUCGAAUAUAGAAGAAGGAAUUGAGAAGAAAAACUCCAGAGAAAAUUUUAAAUAUUUUUAGUGUGAAAGCGAAAUGAUGAUGCCAUUCUUAUAUUAAUAAAUAAUUGUUGCUAAAGUAAGUGCUUCUUGUAAGUUUUGGAUGCAUAAGUUCUUUUUUAUAUUUAGUAUAUGUAUAUUGAGAGCUAAAAAAAAUUAUCGAGAUUGUGAAAAGAAAGAAAAAGAUAUAUUUAUACAGAUUAUAUACAAUUUGAGGAUGGUAAAAUAUAAGAAAAUAAAUAUAUUGAGAAAUUGGAAA